AUGGACAGCUGGACUCUCCAGGGGGACAGCUACUCCUUCCUGCGCAGUGCGCCCCGCACUUUCUCUCUGUGCCACCGAGACGGAACCCCCAACCACGUUGAAAUCUUUGACAUCAUUAACGUCCCGAGCCAAAGCAGUGCAAUUUCAGAGACCACCUGCCUGUGUGACAUUUUUGGAGACGACAGUGAGUCACCUUCUCUUUCAAGCAGCCCUGCUGUAGGGGCUUUUGUCCCUUCUCAGAGAGAGGUGGAGGGGACAGUUGUUGCAUCACCCCUGGUGGAUGAUCUGAACAGCUCCUCGGGCUCUUAUCACACUGCUCAGGGCUCCAGUGAAGGAGAGGAAGGCUUUGAGGAUUCAGGAGAGAGGCUUUACAGCCCCACUUUGCAGAGUGAAUCUUUACAAAGGAGUCAGACAGAGGACGGAGGACUGUGCUCAGGGGAUACAGAAGUUUCUGAGGACAGUUGUUCAAAUUUAGAACCAAAAAGAAAAUCACCAUUAAUACAGCUUUGCACAAGUAGCCCAUCAACUGAAGUCUUCAACGCUGGUGAGAGUACUCCAUCUCCUGGACAUAACAGCCCCCAUACCCUCGGUCCAGGCAGAGCAUCCUCCUUAUCUUCUUCCUCAUUGGAAAAAAGAUGUUCACCAUCACCGCCUAAACCAGAACAAGCUUUUUUAGAAACUGAUUCAAGUAGAAUCACCCCUUCCUUCACAGAUAAACACAGACCUCCCUCACGUCAGUCUUUAAGUCCCUCCCCUCCAUCGGAAGAUUGUGUCAACUUAUCCUCAGAAUCACUGAGUACUCAAUCUUUUGCUGAGUUCACAGUUGCACAACUUUCACCUGAACCACAAAGCAGCUACUUUCAUAAACACCAAAGUCCAUCACCUGAACCAUUAGAGCCCACAUCUGGAGAUUUUUCUUUGAGAGCCACCCUUUCAUCCCCCUCACCUUCGUUCAGUGGCAGAGGAUUAUCACCACACUCAAGAGAUUCUCCAGCUCAGUCUCCUGGAUCGCAAGAAAGGUCCUACUCCCCUGAUAUUCAAGGGUCCUCUCCUUUUCCAGAGCUAAGAAGUAAAGUCUCCCUCCCUGAUCUCUUCAGUAGGGGUUCCACACCUGAUACUGAAGUGUCUACCCACACCCCUGAGCUGAUUUCAAAUCCCUCUCCUGCAGGAAGAGACACAACUACCACCCCUGAGAGCCAAGCUACAAGGUUAUCAGCUGAACCUGCCAGCACUUCAUCAUCACCUGCCCCACAAUAUACUCCUCCCUCACCUAUCAUCUCAGUAGCACCAUACCCUGAGCUUGAGGAAAGCGGUGUCACUGCUCCCUCAUCUGGCCAGCUCAGUGCCCCUGCAACAAGAAGUCCCUCUCCUGAUCCCUCACAAAGGGCAAGGCACAUUUCAUCACCCUCUGAAAUCAGGACCCAGGUCUCUACACCUGUAAAAAGUGAUAGUUUAUCUCCAUCACCUGAAGUUACUCAGAACUCCUUUCCUAUAGAGCUCAGACAUACUGCCCCCUCACCUGAAAUACGAAUAACAGCAUCUUCACCUGAGGUCAGUAGAAGAGAGUGCCCCUCUGAGGUGAAGUCAACAUCACCAUCUCCUCUUCCUAAGCCUCACUUUGAUUCUGCCUCAUCAAGAAGCCUUGCCUCAUCUCCUCAUAUCACAGGAAUUUCUUAUUCAGUCAUACAGCCUGAGGACAGGGACAGUCCUCCAUUUCCAGAACUCCUGCGUCUCUCCAACUCACAACUUGAUAGGACUCGUGUGUCCCCAGAAGCAAGAAGCCCUACCCCAGGCAGGGACAGUGUACAGAGUGGUAAAGCUGAAUCCAGUGGUACACCUCGAGACUCACCACAAGUAUCAGACUGCACCAUCUCUGUCUUGCAGCCCGAAGAAACUCUGACAAAUUGCCAAAGGUACCAGACUCCGUCACCAAGGACAGAGCGUUUAACUCCCUCUCUUGAGGAGAGAUUUCAAACCCCUUCCCCUGACAAGCAUCACAGUCCAUCAUCGUGGGAGAGAAGUAAAGAGCCAUCACCAGUCGCCCCAUCUCCUGAGCAGAGGUGUCAGCAGCCUUCACCAGCAAACCUCUCCACUGAGCACAACUCUCAUCACAAAACAACCACUCCUCCUCUGAGAAAUACACCUGAUGUUGAGGGGGAUUCCUCCUCAGUUGAUAUCAGAGAAACACUGUGUCCAACAUAUUUGAAAAAAGAGUGUGUAUCACCGUCAUUUGAUUCAGCCGACAGGGACAAAUCAGCUAAAACUGAAAUCCAAAGCAGAUCCCCAGUGGUUGCAGUCCAAGCACCUGUAUCUCCUGUAUCUACUUCACCUUUGCUAGCUGAGGGAACAGCAGAAAGUUCACUGAAACAACAAAGCUUAGAGAGUGAGGUAACACCCAAGGAGAGAGACCCUCAAGAAAGCUUGAAUUUUCCCACUUUCUCAAACAAAAAACAAGCCAUUUGUCCCAUCCUUUUUCAAAAGGAAGAGACUUGUAACAAUCCCUCUGUUAACAUCAAGUCUUCUUUCCUGGAUCAUACUGUGUCUCAAGCAAAGAGUCCAAACAUUUCAGGUGCUUCUCCCAACUCAUCACUGCAAGGACUGGAAAACUCACAGCCUAAAUUCAACACUUGCUCUCUGAAUUCUGAAAACAGCAGCUCAGUUGAAUCAACUAGUAGAAUUAAGCACACAAGAAAACAGCUCUUAGCCAGUACAAGACGUGAAAAGAAAGAGAGAACUACAGAGGACAUGGCCCACCAUUUACACAGAAGGCGAACUCCUUCUCCACCACUCACAAGGUUUACACCUGUCCACAUCAUAGCGCCUGAAAAACCAUACAGGCCGUGGCAGAACAGAAGCCAUAGCCCCUCUCAAGUUGAAGCAUCCUCAAAUAGUGGUCAUUUAAAGAAAGUGGUGACAAACAGGGAAAGCCCCGAUGUUGCCCCUGUUGACAGUAAUAGCCAGGCUCAGUGGGUCAGGCUCGGAACGCAAUUGGAGAUGGAGAGGGAAAUGCAGCUGGAGGAGGAUAGAGAGGUAGCUAGGGGGAGGAUAAAAGAGAGGGAGAUGGAGAGAGAGCGAAAGAAGGAGGAGCCAGUUCCUGAAAAGGGGUGGCAGGGAGAUGCCAGUUACAGAGGGGAACAGGCUGAGCUGUCAUUCAAUGCCAGGAAUAGAAAAGGGCCUGUGAGUCGCAGAGCAGCUCCCACAAGCAGAGAGAUCCGUCAGGGACUGCCAACAGUGCAUUCCUAUUCAGAAAGCUUGCUUGCCUCCAGACGACAACAGCAACACAGUCUGUUUGCUUCCCAACAAGACACCAGGAUUGUUGGACCGAGCAGACGGCCUCAGCCUCCUGCUCUACAGAACAAGAACUCUACUCCAGGACGUGUGGCUUCAAACAGGCCCUGCCGUAGUUCCAGUUCCAGCAUGGGAAGUGAGCUUGAUGAGGCAGACAAUGAGGUCAAGUGGUUUACUGAUGUAGCUUUCAGUAGCCUGUCAAGCCCUGAGGUAGAUUACCUUGACAUGUACAACUCCAGCCAUCGUUCAUCUGCCAACAUCUCUCAACCUUCUACUCAGGAUAGCCCAGCUGGGGUCAAUGCUGCCUGGCUUGCUUAUGCUGACUUCAAGGGUUCCGCUCAAAAGAUGGACAAUGAUGAACUCUCCUUCCAGCAGCCUUAUGCAUACUACUCAGAUGGCCUUGAUCCAUCAAGGCGGUAUGAGAUGGGUAGCUUCGAGUGUGUAGAUGUUGCCGUCGAGAGAGAAGACUCAAGGAAGGUGAGAAGAGGAGUGCCAAAAAGACAGAUCCAGCUGAAGAGAAAGAAUAAUGCUGAAGGGAAGCAAGAUGAGAGCAGUGAAAAUAGUAGUCCUGGUGUACCAGUGAUGAUGGAAAGCUCCUCUUUUGAGAGUCACUCCAGUGAGACAUUCAUGGGAGAACACAGCACACUGGAAUCAAUGCAAGACUGCUACCCAUCUGAGCUCAGUCCUGAACCCAUUCAACAAAAUGAAAGGAAAUCUGAUCUCCAAAAAUCUCCUUUUGUGGAUGAGUCAUGUACAAAGACAAAGAUGGCAACGUGUCUCAUUAAAAGUGUGUUGUCCAAGAAGAUGCAGAGUGUGGAUAAACAAAAUGACGAGCAGACGGGUGAAGAAGUAAACCCUUCUUUUGAGGAAAACAUCCCACCAACAGAGACUAUAGCAUCGCCGCUCAAAGAGUCCCCCAAACCUACUCUGAGCUCAAGCAUUCAGUCAGAUUGUAGUAUUUCAUCUGAGGGUCCUUCUGUGAGAGGAGAGCUAAGCAUAAAGGAUGGAGUCAAAACAGCAAAAGGCUUUGGAGUGAAGAGGCCAAGUUCAUCUAGCAGUAGCAGAAGUGUGAAUUUUUCACAGACUGAGAGUGAAGAGGCUGAUUCUGAAAGUAGAAGUGCAACCUCAUCAAGAUCUGAAAUUAGAUCUGAAUUAAAAGUGCCAUUUGAUAGUAAACAUUCAAGAACUGGAGUACAAGAAGCAGACAACUGUAAAACAUGGGACGAAAGGGAGGCCAGUGAGUCAGCAAAUGCCACUGCCGGGAACACAGGAGCUCCUUCUGUCACUAGAGCCAGCAGCACGCAGGCCAGGACGACAAAUAGAGACCAGGAAUGUGAAAACACGGAUGAUCAUAAACAACUGCAACAGGGUGACAAGGACGUGCACACAUCAAAUACACAGGAGAUCAUGCUCAAAGCUGUGGAGAAAAAGAAAGCCUCCAUAAAUGUCUGUCUCACCCCAGAGGCAGAAAACAAACAUGAUGAUUCUUCACCGGAUAUAUCUUUCAGAAGACAGGAGGGUAGGGAAGAAGCCUGUGUAGAUGAUAAAACAGAGGACGAGGAGGGAAAUGGGAAUAAUCAAGUCAGAGUUCCCAUUCACAAAGUCAGAGAUGUGAGGCGGCUUGUGAAAAACACGUACAAUCUGUCCUUCAGAGCAUCUGGUUCUGUUAUCCCAACAUCUGGGAAUGUAGAAAAGAUGGAUCAUUUAAAUCAAGAAAAAGUGAAUGAGGAAGAGGUCAAAGCUGAGGAAGAGAGGAGGGUGAGUCAAGAGAUAAAGAGCAAGGAGAGGGAAGAGGCGUUUGGGUUGGAUAGAAAAGAGGAGCAAAAAGAGGAGAUAAAAGACUCAAAGCUGCCUAAUCUAUCAUCGCCUUUUCAGAACAAAAGAAGUUCUCCAUUGUAUCCACAGCCAAUGCAAAUAGAAUAUAGAGCUGUUUGCUCUAAGGAUGAGAAAAAUAACAUGUCUUCCACCAAGACAAACUCUGAGAGGUUGGAUGAAAAAUCCCAAACUUCUCCAAAACCUGCCAAGGAGAUGUCAUUGAAUGCAAACGCACACAAUGACUCCAGUGAAGACACAGUUAUUUCCACAUCGUAUCAGCAUGAUUCAAACAUGGCAGCAGUAAAACAAGAGGUUGUAACAGUGUCAGACAAUGAGGGCAGACAUGUUAGAACGGAUAAAAAACCUCCCAUGCUCGGAAGCAUCCCCAGACAGUCCAGUAAGGACAGAGAGGUUUCAACUGCUGUUGUGUUAAUUCGGGAUGGAUCAAGUAAGACCAAGACAUCUGCAUUUUCACCCCAAGAGGAGAUUUCUACCAAAACUCAAUCCCAAGCUGCUCCACCUUCACCUGGGCUUGCUACCCCUGGUAGCAGUGGUCACUCGGUCUCUAUGAUAUUAAAGGAGAAAGGCUACCAAGCUGACAUUGGCGCUGUGGUGGGUGACAACCAGAAUGCAACUGGAGGGAAAGGAGCUCCCCGUAAACAUGUUAACUGCCUGGAGAUCCCCCUUCAGACCCCUGCUUCAUCAGAUGAAGGCCAGAUCCGGUCUCACAGAGAGAGGACUUUCUCAUCCUCAUCCACCAUAUCUGGACCCUCAGCAGUGUCUGAAAAUGCAGACACCCCAAUAAAGACCAGAGAAGAAGAAGAUGUUACUUUGAAGCCUACAGUAACGGACACAACAAAACAAAAAAUGGCUUCUUCGCCUAAGAGUAUGCAUGAGCAAACACAACUUCCUGCCAAACAGAAGGAACUGGGAGAUUUUGAAGCAGUGAAAAGACUUGAUCCCACCUUUCCCCCAAGGUCCCCUGCAAUAAGGAGAUUCAGACCUCAGUCAAUUGAGGUUAAGUCAUUGUCUAAAGAUACACAGAAGCAACUUACACCCACAAAUGCUGCAGGGAACAACAGGCCUCAAGCCAUAGAGGUUAAAUCCAUAGCCAAAAAUUCUCAAAAACCAGUUGUGCCUCCAAAACCAAGUUGCAAAUUUAAACCCUCAGACUUAGGAGCAAUGCCAAAUGAAGCACCCAGACCAUCACCAAUAACACCCACUUUAAAGCCACAAAGUGAGGAAAGGAAUCAAACUAUUGUAGUGUCCUCACCAACAAUCUAUAGAAAAAUCUCCAAUGAGUCGACAUCAACAUCACACAGUGCAAGAAAGCUGGCUGUGUCUGCGGUAUCCAGCAUCAAACCUCCCUCUUACAAAACGACAGCAACCAACAUAAGUAAUCUCUCAAACCAGUCAACAGCAUCAUCAGAGACAGAUGCAUCUACUGACAGAGGUCAACAACAGCUGCCGGAACCUGUCUCUCAGUCCUCUACUGAUACACAAGGAGCCUCAACCUCGGCUUCAGCUCCAACAUCAACCGCUGGGCAAGGGUUAACCUCACAACCUAGUCCAGUUUUUGAUCCAAAUGCACACCAAGCUCCUGCACCUGUCCAGGCUGCAGCCAGUCAGCCCAGCCAGCAAACUGUUGUAGAUCAAGGCAUCCAACCACCUCAUCCCAGAAUGGCAUAUCUUCAUGAACAAGCUGUGUCUGUAGCUUCAAGCAGUGCAAAACAAUCAACUCCUAUUUCCACAACACAAGUGCCAGGAUACACGCAACAGACAUACCGCAGAUCACUUUCUGGUGAGUGCUUCCACAGGACAGAGGAAAUGCAAUUUUAUGCUUCAGAUGAUCCUCCAAGCUAUGAUGAAAGAGAGAGCUUCAGUCCUCUUAUGCUCCAGGAUCUGACCACCAGGAGGUCGAACCGCUAUCAACCCUCCACCCGCCCUCCUCCCUGCUCUUGUACAACUGGCUGCCCCUCCCACCCGGGUCCCACCCCUCCUCACCAUCACCGCAGUCCACAUAACCUCACCCCUCCUGCCCCUACCCACUCUCCUGGCCAAGCGCUGCCUUACCCAGUAUCUCAGCCCCCUCUUCGUCCACACCAGUGCAGACCUGACCCUCAGCAAAUCACCUACCAGCCUGGUUCUCCAAAAUCAAGUCCUCUUGGUCCAAGCCAGCCACAGGCCAUGUAUCAACCUCUUCACCAUCCUCCUCCUUGUCCUCCCCAUCCCUCACUAUUGCAUGGCUGUCCUUCUGACCGUGGAUUGCAGUCAUCACAACAUGUUGACUUGCGACGAGCUCCAGUCCACAGAUCCCCCCAGCAACAGCCACCAAGCAUGACAGGAGCUCCAUAUGGUGAUCCUGUCCAUGGUCACUCUCCUGGUCUUCCACCAAUGGAUCCCCAGUAUCUUUGUGGCCCUCAAAGCUUGGGGCCUUCCUACGGCUCUGAAUAUGGGGGUGACAGCUCCAGUUUAUACUCAGAGAGCAACUAUGGACAGGCACCCCGCAGAGUCCUGCUGGACCCUGAAACAGGAAAGUAUUUUUAUAUUGAGGUGCCUGUGCAGCCACUAAGGAAAAUGUUGUUUGAUCCAGAGACUGGCCAAUAUGUAGAAGUGCUCAUCCCACAGCAAGCAAUGUCACACUCAAGUCUGUAUCCUCCAUCAGCAGCUCCUUACCCAUCCCUCCACAACCCCAACAUGUAUGCCCCUGCUCCACAGUACAUGCCCUAUGCAGCUCCUCCUCCCCCUGCUCACCCCCAGGCUCAACCUCAGCCACCUCGCUACCCUGAGCCCUCUGGUGUAGCAACACUGCACCCAAGUGGGCCUGGUGUUGGCUACAGGAAUCCCUCUGGUCAGGGGCCCAAGCCAGAACCCCAGAACCAUCCACCACUGGACCAGAGCUACUUAGAGAGUAUGUAUUAUGUUCCUACAGGGAUGACUGCAAGCCCCAAUCCCACCCCACCAGACUAUUACCACAAACAUCCCCCUAACCUACCCCCGACGGGGGGGAAAAGGUCCUGA